ACGACAGCUGCUGGCCCCGGAAGGCUGGAUCCGAGGGGGCGCAGGACAGCUGCUGGCCCCGGAAGGCUGGAUCCGAGGGGGCGCAGGACAGCUGCUGGCCCCGGAAGGCUGGAUCCGAGGGGGCGCAGGACAGCUGCUGGCCCCGGAAAGCUGGAUCCGAGGGGCCGCACGACAGCUGCUGGCCCCGGAAAGCUGGAUCCGAGGGGCCGCACGACAGCUGCUGGCCUCGGAAGGCUGGAUCCGAGGGGGCGCAGGACAGCUGCUGGCCCCGGAAGGCUGGAUCCGAGGGGCCGCACGACAGCUGCUGGCCCCGGAAGGCUGGAUCCGAGGGGGCGCACGACAGCUGCUGGCCCCGGAAGGCUGGAUCCGAGGGGGCGCAGGACAGCUGCUGGCCCCGGAAGGCUGGAUCCGAGGGGGCGCAGGACAGCUGCUGGCCCCGGAAGGCCGGAUCUGAGGGGGCGCAGGACAGCUGCUGGCCUCGGAAGGCUGGAUCCGAGGGGGCGCAGGGUGUUCGCGACCCCUUGGAGACCCAGCCCACGAGGCAGAAGGGAUCUUGGUGGCCCUGGAAUUUUAGACCGGAGUGGAAGUGGGGCCCUGGGUGGCCCUGGAAGGCCCGGCCCAAGGAGCAGCAGGCCAAUGGCGGGCCCACGAAGCUCCGACCUGAAGGCCAGCAGGUGAAGGGCGGGCCCACAAACCCUAGAUCCGACGGGCGGCAGGGCCCUUGGUGGCCCUGGAAGUCCCGGCCUAAGGGGCAGAAGAGCGCUGAUGGGGCCACAAAGACCCGACCUGAGGGGCAGCAGGGUACUGGUGCGCCCACAAUGACCCGACCUGAGGGGCAGCAGGGUACUGGUGCGCCCACAAAAGCCCGUUCCGAGCGGAAGCAGGGUACUUGGUGGCCCUGGGCCUCCCAACCCAAGGGGCAGCCGAGCACUGGGAAGCCUGUGGGGACCCAGCCCGAGGGGCGGAAGGGGUCUUGGUGGCCCUGGAAGUUCCGACCUGACGGGCAGUGGGGCCCUUGGUGGCCCUGGAAGACCCGACCCCAGGCGAACAGGGUGGAUGGAGGGAAGAAGGCGGACCGGAACGCACCCUGCCCACCGGCUGCUGCUGCUGCUGCGGGUGCUGCUGCUGCCGCCGCAACGGCCGGUGUUAAGGGCAGCGCUGACAGUGCCCCCCGGGGCCGCGAGGAAGCACAGGAAGGCGGUCCGCUUCGAGCACAACCCCAGUCCCCUCCAGGUGAAGGAUCUAGACAAAUUCGAGGCGCCAGCAACCCUGAAGCUGCUGUUAUUGCCAAGACAGCUUCAUCGACUGAUGACGGUGGCCGCCGCAAGCAUGGUGGCGGCAGUGGUGGUGCAGCAUGUGGAGAUGCCGUUGGUGUCAGCACCGCCAGCGCCUCUGACGUCAAGGCCACCAGCGUCUCCGCCGCCGCCGACGGUAGCGGUGGAGGACACGAUGUGGAGGCGGUGGAUGACGGCGGCGUUGGUUCUGGCGGUGCCGCCGCUGCCGCCGUUGCCGCCGGAGUAGUGGCGGUUGUGUCGGCAGCGUUGCCUGGCUGCGGUGGCUCAGGUGGCGGAGGAGGCGCCGAUGGCGGCAGCACCACUGCCACCGCCACCGGCGAAACAACGCGGCCGGCGCUGCCGCCAAUUCGCGCUUCUGUGCACAAGCUGCCUGAACUGGACCCCGCCCUCGCUGGUCACCCCCUGGCGCCCAGGAAGGUGCUGCCCACCCUGGCCAGCCCCAGCCGUUCUGUGAGCGGUGUCGAGCCAUCUGGAGAUCCCAACGCUGCCGGCGGUGGAGGCGGCAGCAGCGGGGAUCCACCAUCGAGGGCCCUCGGCAGCGCGCAAGGACUCCUGCCGCAGCUCCCGCCGCCCAACGCCCGAAAAUCUGUACUCCCAGCGCUGCCUAGCCCAGCCCCCGCUGUUGCUGCUCCUAGCAACCCCUUUGCCAAGGCGGUCCUCCCGGCUCUGCAUGUGCGGGAGGGCAGUGGGGAGGCCUCCCCAGCCGCGACGUGCGCACCCCUGCCUGAC